AUGUCGUCGCCUACGCGCAAGAAGCCUGCGGAUUCGGGUUCAGCUGGGUCAACGCCGCCACUUGCAGACACCGCGGAAAGCGGUCUUCUCCCACCAGAGCAUUGGUCUCAAUUGCCAGGGGUGAGCUUCACAAUCAUGGUUGUUAUGACUGACUGCGACAAGGGGUCCUAUCGACGAUACUGGCCAAGAAGCCAUGGAUAUCAACUGACGACUUUCACGUGUAGCCACCAUGUACUCACUCUCUUAAUGAAUGACAAGCUGUACCUGGCGCCAAUAUCGGAUGAUAUUCAGACAGCUCUGGACAUUGGAACGGGAACGGGUAUCUGGGCCAUAGUAACUCAGGCUCACAUGAUACAAAGGGAGUUCGCUGACAGGUUCCCGAAUGCUUCCGUCAUCGGGACUGAUCUUGCGCCGAUCCAACCUGGUUGGAUCCCACCAAAUCUAGAGUUCCAAAUUGAAGACUGUACCGAAGAAUGGACUCUCCAGCCCAACUCCUUCGACUACAUUCAUAUGCGCUGGCUCGUGGGAAGCAUCGCAGAUUGGAAGGCACUCUUUAAGGAAGCCUAUAAAUGCCUCAAACCAGGGGGCUAUAUCGAGAGCUACGAGCCUUCCUCGCGUGUCGAAAGCGAUGACGGUACAGUUCUACCAGGCAGUGCGUUAAGCCAGUGGGAGAAGUUCUUCGUCGAAGGUGGACGCAAGAUCGGUCGACCUUUUACGAUAUUCGAAGAAAACAUCCAGAGAGAAGGUAUGAGAGAAGCGGGGUUUGUGGACAUAGAAGAGAGGGAUUUCAAGAACCCAGUUGGAGGCUGGCCAAAGGAUCCAAAGCAACGAAGUGUUGGGCAGUUUAUGCAGGCUGCUUUUGAACAAGACGCACAGGGAACUGUGCUUCAUAUGGCUACUGCGCUUGGCUGGACUGAGGAAGAGGUCAUUGUGUUUAUCUCACACUUCAGACGUGAAAUCCGAUCGCCCAAGAUUCACUCGUAUUUUAGGCAGAAGGUUGUAUGGGGACGGAAGCCUCUUUGA